UAAAGCCGGUGUGCGUGCAUUUUUAAUGUAUGUCCUUGUUAGGGGCGACCCUGUUUGUCUGUAACUCGUUGUUCCCUUUAACGAUUCACAUGAAAAUGAGCCACAAACAGCGGGGUUACCGGUAACAGUAACGUUAAGGGUCGUAAUAGCUAUUUGUGUGCGCUCAUUCGCACGCGCGCUCUCCCUCAUUCAUACACACACAUCACUACAGUCGCCGCCGCACGCGCUCUCCGUCACAUCUGUGUGAGAGACGUGGUUGUCUUUGAAUAAGGGAUUAUCUACAUUUCCCCUCGGCUGACCGGGAGCCGCCAUGGAAUGCCGUGUUCUGUCCAUACAGAGCCAUGUAGUCCGGGGAUACGUGGGCAACAAGAGCGCCUCUUUCCCGUUACAGGUUUUAGGGUUUGAGGUGGACUCCAUCAACUCGGUGCAGUUCUCCAACCACACAGGUUAUUCUCACUGGAAAGGCCAGGUGUUGACGGCAGAUGAGCUGCAUGUUCUAUAUGAGGGAAUCAAACUGAACAACGUACACCAAUAUGACUAUGUAUUAACAGGGUAUACCAGAGACACGUCUUUUUUAGAGAUGGUGGUGGAUAUUGUUCAGGAGCUAAAGAGAGCCAAUCCUAAUCUGGUUUAUGUAUGUGACCCCGUCCUUGGUGAUCAUGGAUCCAUGUAUGUUCCUCAGAAUCUUUAUCCAGUCUACAAGAAUAAGGUUGUUCCUGUAGCAGACAUCAUUACUCCUAACCAGUUUGAGGCUGAAUUAUUAACAGGGAAAAACAUCAGCUCACAGAAGGAUGCUGUGGAGGUGAUGGACCUUCUACACGCUAUGGGCCCAGACACAGUCGUUAUUACUUCCUCUGAUCUUCCCCCCAGACUGGGAGACCGCUUCCUCGUCUCACUGGGUAGCCAGCGUCAUGUUCGUCCAGAUGGAAGCAGGACGACACAGAGAGUUCGAAUAGAAGUCCCCAAAGUGGACGCCGUCUUCGUAGGAACUGGAGAUUUGUUUGCAGCCAUGCUGCUUGCAUGGACACAUCAUUACCCCAAUGAUCUAAAGACGGCCUGUGAAAAGACUUUUUCAGUCAUGCACCAUGUUAUCCAGAGGACCAUAUCUUAUGCUCAUGAGUUGGCAGGUCCUGGUCGGAGGCCCAGUCCGCCUCAGCUGGAACUGAGGAUGGUUCAAAGUAAAGCCGACAUAGAAGAUCCCGCUAUAGUAACGGAGGCCACCAUCAUAUCCUAACAUUGACAUCCCAUAAGACUCAUACUAACUCCCCCGCCCUCUUCACCCCAUCGACUUCUAAAAUACUGUAUCUCAGUAAAAAAAAAAAAAAAAGCCCUUUAGCUUCAACAUGUCAUCAUCCAGACUUCUCAAACACUUUAGCAUCAUAACACCUCCCUCCUGUGAUCCUGAGACCUUUAUCCCUUUAAGUCCUCAGUGUCGUAACUGUUUAAACCAGAACCCCCCGACUUGUAACUACCAAGUUGUUUUGCCCUGAUCCUGUUCUGGAACCAGAGCCAUGGAUAGACUGAAGCUUUGAUCUGAGUGGACUGUAUUCACUUAUGCUGACAGUAGCUGUGUUUCCAUUACAAAUGGGUGCAAAACUUUGUCAGUAUUCCGCUAAUGUAGAAAAAAUACAAUUCUGCAGUUGCAGUGUUACCAUUAAAUAAGAAACGCAUUUAAAAUCACAAGUGAAUAAGUUUGUUCAUUAGAAAACAUAACAUGCCAUGAUCCUUCAAAUACUUCUUUGUUUUUUUGUCAGUUGCAACAUACAGUUGUUCAUCAUUUGAUUUGAGUGAUGCCAAAAAAGUAUUUCCAUUGCAGUUUCGUGAAAUAAAUACAUUUUGUACGGUCAAAAAACCACCUAAUCCUAGUGCCAAAAUCUUUUAUAGACAAAUGGAGUUUUUUUAAAAAUUGUUUUUCCAUUAACCAAAUUUAUUUUCAAAAUGUCAACAUGUGCAAUUAUAUGGUCAAUGGAAACACAGCUAGUGAUGCAGUAUUGAACCUCACUCUCAGUGUUGCACUUAUGUGGAGGCUAAUCACACAAGCACAAAUAAUACACAAUGCCUUGCAAAAGUAUUCACUGUCUAUGUAUUUAUGCAUACCUUUGCAAGGUACUGCUAGGCUCUACAAAUUAGACUUUUUUUAAUCAGUUAUACGUUGAUUAUCAUUCUGAUAAUGCACAAUGCAGUAAACACCACAAAAUGUUAUAUUUAUUGUAGCAUUUGAUAACAAAAAUCAUUGAAAUAAAUUAACUUUAUUUAUGUAGCACAAAUUCACCACUAUGUCAUGUAAAUUGCAUUUGAGUAGAAAAAUAAUUUCAUUUCAAUCACACAUAAAUUCCAAUAUACCUCAGUUAUCAAACAGUUCAUUAAGCUCAGUUUAUUGUUGAAAUUACCUUAAAAUGUUUCUGUCUAAGGAAACCCAGCAGAUUGUAUCGACUCAUUGACUUGCCGUCUUCACUUUGCCUGGACAGACUGACGGUAGACAAUCUCUUGCAUUGUCCCAAUAACUUUGCAACAAUCCUUCAUAUCAAGCAUACAUGUUGUGACAGUGGAGAGAGAAAACUACCCUUUAACGGGAAGAAACCUCCAGAAGAAUCAGAACCAGAACCUGGCACAGAACCAGGGGUCAUCUGCCAUGACUGACUUGGAGUUUGAGAAGACAGAGCAGAAAAACAAAAAGAAACUGGAAAACUGAUGUAGACAUCAUAUUAGACCCAUUGCAGAGAAAUAAAGAGGAGUAAAUUUCCACCAAAAACCUCAGAAAUACUGACAUUACUUACAGAAAUUUGCUAGAAAAAAACAAGAACAUUUCUUUGAUUAAUCUCAAAUCAAAGAAAUUUGAUUUGAGAUUGUCAUAACUUUCUAUGUUAAUGAAAAUUUAAAAGUUAGUCACAGACACAUUUAGUCAAACACACUCCUGAACCUCUCUGGUGAUCUCUGACUCUGACCGCAGUGAUUAAUCACUCUAGCUAUGGCUCUGUCUUCCUUUUACUUUGACCCCUUCUGCCCCAGUCUUACAGCAGUGACGUAAUGGUGACCAAGUCUAACCCUCAACAUAAAGAAGAAAAAAAAACUGCACAAUGUAUAGUUGAUGUAUAGAUGUUGUACUAUAAUUGUAUUGGACCAUCUGUAUGAUAUCUGAUCUGUCUGCUGGACCAUUGUGUUAACGCUAUUGUACUAUAGACCAGAUGCACAACAAUAUCACUAAGCAGAGACCAUCUGGGCUGGUUGUGGCACAGCCGGACACGUCAAGUCAUUGUAACUUCAUAGUUAAUGUCCGAUAGUCGUAGUGUCAAGUUGAGCUUAUUUCAUGAAGAGAAAACUGGGCGGCAGAGAGCUGCUUCCAACCCAGUCGGCUUCCAUGGUGCCAUAACCACCCCACAUCAUGUCGGCCACUUAACGGCCCAGUUCUGACCCAGAACCUUAUAUAUUAUAUCCAACCCUACCCUUCGAUAUGCUGCCUUUAGCUAAAUAUAUACAUUUUGACUGAAAUUAUUUGUAUUUUCUUUAGAUUUAACCACUGAUAAUGGCGCUUUUAUGGCCUCCCUUCCUUAUUUAUUAUUGAUGUGUGAGUACAACAAUCAGCUGCGUCUCUGUUAAUCACUGCAGCAGCUCAGAUGAGGCAGAUAUAAUGAGUCUGCAGAGUUUCCUGGGUGGCUAUUUUGCUUGUCUGCUGCAGAAGAGACCCAGCCAUCAAGUUAGGAGGUGUCGUCCACACAUAAUGAGUUCUGUUCAGAAAACUAAACAGGCAUCCACAUCAGAAAACAAUGUGGGUAUAAUAAUAACUAUGAUGAUGAUGAUGUGAGUGUUGAAAGGAGUGACUAUAGACAUGUUCCGUCUUAUUCAGGAAAUUUUGUUCAUGCGCACAAUUCUGGAGGGCAAAAAGGUAAUUCUUUUACUUGCCAUCCAUUGCCGCUUUGUUGCUAGAGAAAUGAAAUCUGGAAAUGUAGUUGUUAAUUCAGUGCAAAGCGCAAUGUUGCAACAGUUUUUCAGCAGAAAACUGUUGAAAAAUAACUCAAAACCACUUGUAUUCUUUUAUUUUCCUUGCUCUAUAUGUCAACUACACUAUACACAGACUCGUUGUCAUAGCAACUGACUGACAACAGCUCCACAAGAGUAUCAGGAUUCAACACCAAAACACAUACAGAACAGAACAUUUACUCUGUUACAUUAUUAUGUUUUCAAUCUUGAUGUUUAUUUUGCGAUUAAUAAGUGAUCAUCUGAACACAGCAGUGCUUGAUUAGCUAAUUUAAACACCUGCUCUACUAAUGAUUAGUAAGAGAGUUGGUGGGGGAGUCGGGUUUUUUUUAACUGAGUGAGCCGGAACACACUAAAUUCUGCAGCACAUCUACAUCAUCCUCUCCCUCAUCAUUUUUUUAAUUAGAGCUCUUUACUGACCUGUGAAAUGUGACACCUUCAGACCUUUUUAUCUAGUUGUACUAUUGGGAAUUUGUAGCAAAACACUGCGUCCCUUUUUCUUUUAUAUAUGACACGUACAUUUAAAAUUUAGCACCUUAUGUUGACAGCUAAAAUUAAUGUUAGUUAUCACCAAGCACGUUUUCUUGCUCCUGACAUCAAGCUGCAAUGUGGGAUAAUUCAUUUCUAGUGUUGUAGAUUUUGAGCAAGCGAUUAUGAGAGAUUUCUGAUUAAUUUGAAACAGAAACAUGAUGGAGAGGAGCAUAGGGUGGGUCCCAAGUAAGAACAAUCAGGUUGUGUCAAGAUUUUCUUUAGUUGUCCUUGUUUUAAUGCAUCAAUAUUAGUGUGAUAUUUCAAUAUUCAGUAGCAAAAUGAGUAAGGACCAAAAUUUCUUGUUUGAAUUUUAUCAGUUAGCUAGUUUUUUUAGGGUGGUAAAUUCUUUUGUGUUAGGGUUAAGCUUUUAUUCAUUAAAAGCAGAGACUUUAAAAAGCUCUUGAAAAGUCCCACCCAAGUGGAUAUAAGGUUCUGGGCCAGUUUGUAAUUCUGUACUGCUGUUGUGUCUCUAUGAAAUGUUCUGUGAUACUGCCUUAGGAAGCUAAGAUCAUAACACCACAGCCCUGCUCAUUCAGAGAGAGGUGGAGGGGGGAGGGAAGUAUGCAUGAGUUGUCUUAAAUGUCAAUGUUUUUUGUUUUUUUUAGUUCAUGCUCCUUGGUACAAUUUCAAAGAUGUUCUGUCCUGUUUUUUAUUUUAUUUUUUACUUUAAGAUUUAAAACAGGCUUUAGUUUAGGUUUGUUGGGCCCUGAAAUUUGAAGAAGAGCGGAGUGUGAACACAAUUAUUUACCUUACUCUAAAAAGACUUUUAUUAAAGAGAAGAAAUGGGAUUUUGGAGAUAUAACUGCAAAGCUUUUCCCACCUGUCUGGUAGCUAUAUAUUGUACAGUCUGGUACAUACAGGAUUCCUACUUGGAGGAUGCAUAGCUACAGGGUACCUCAAGUUUUAUAUUCCAUUAAAACCUGUUACAAAGUGUUAGCCAUAAGUGUUUGUUAUAAUGAAAACAUCAAGUUAGUCUGGGUUUCUUGAUUAUAAUAUGGACUGGGGGUAAGUUAAAACAAAUUUAGAAGUUUAUGGUUGUUGGAGUAAAUAUGGACAAAUGUUUAAUUCAUAAAGUAAUAUCUAAUGAAUUGAAUGAAUCAAACUCAUCUAUUUCUUUAGCAUACAACCCUGAUAGUUUUCAAGAACAGGAUGCAACUGGGUGGUAAGUGAAUACUCAUAACCCUAGUGUACUUACAGGGUACAUCUCAUGGUGCACCUCCUGGCGUACCCUGUAAAUACACCAGGUUGUGACCAAAUGUAGUCUGUAAGCACUCUUUAAGUAGGCUGCAGGUAAAUUCUGAGCACAGACAAACAUAUUGCCUCAUAAAACAGCCUGAUACACUUCAUUUGAACGAUAGCUGUACUAUUGGUACACUCUAGGCAAACCAAUGCCUCUUUUCCAUUGUCAAGUCUCACUCUGGCCAGUUAAUGUCUGCUUCAGUUGUAGCCCAGAUGGAUGUGUCUCCUUUAACAGUGUUUUCUUCACUAUGUGGGCGGGAACUUGGAUGGGCCGUGACAGUGUAGGAGCAGUGGUCGAUGCUCCGAUGAGCAUCGACAUCGGCCAGUUUCUCCAAUAUCUCUUGGGAUGUAUUUGUUUGUUGCCACAAUUGAUAGAAAGAUUGGAACCUCAAGGUUUUACCAUGGAAUGACCAAUUUGCAACUCGUCCUCUUUGCCAACUACUACAGUUUUGUCGUGGAUUGGUUGAGAAGUUGUUGUUCAAGGAGGAAUUUACAGGACCAAUCAAUGAAUGCAGUGUGCUGCCAAUCAAAACACUGAUAUGCACAAUACCUGGCUUGCAGUUGUGGAGAAGGGGCUCAUGAGAACCAAAUAAGAAGUCACCAUAAACUAUAUCCCACCCCCACUAUAAGCAACCCCACCAGUGUUUACCCAAGAGGUAUCCUGUAAUAACCUCCAAUAGGAACCCUGUAAGUACCGUUAGAUGCAAUAGGCUGGUACCAUAUGUACCUUUUAAGGAUUGUUCUUACACUUAAAGUAGAAUAAGUAUAUUAACUUGCAGAUGACCUGUAAAUAAGCUGGCAGGUACCAUGUACUGGACUGUUUAUUGUAGUCCUUUUAAAAGACAACACCCCUUCUCAAUUCAUAAACGUAUGAAGGAAAACUUUGAAAAUUGAACACAAGAAUCAGAUUUUAUUUUUUUUUAUGUUCUGAAAUUCAGUAAAAAGUCUUGGCUGUAUAAAAGAUGGCUUUAAAUCAGGGGUGUCAAACUCCAGUCCUCAAGGGCCGCUGUCCUGCAACUUUUAGAUGUGCCUCUGCUGCACCACCUGAAUAGAAUAAUUAGGUCAUUAAGGCUCUGGAGAACUGAUCUACACAAGGAGGAGGUCAUUAAGCCAUUUCAUUCCAGUGUUUUGUACCUGUGGCACAUCUAAAAACUGCAGGACAGCGGCCCUGGAGGACUGGUGUUUGAGACCUGUGCUUUAAAUGGAUAAUGUUCCCUUUUAUUGUUGUUUUUUCAUGAACUUAACUGUUUAAUUUUAAAAAGGAUGAAAUUGUUUAAAUUCUUUAACAAUAAGGCAUUUUUAUUCUGGUCUGAUUAAUCACUUGAAUGCAUUAUUGUUACUUUUUUGUAAAGUGAGGUGUUUAUUUUAAAGAACAAAAUCAUAUGUUUAAUUACCUGGUCUGGGGAACAAACAGCUCUUUGACCAACAUUAAAAUACAAUUUUUUCUAAAAUUGCAGUAGUUUCUCUUGUUGUCAUAUUGUGCCACUGUAGCACUAGUUGUCCGAUCAGUAACAGACUGCUGUGUCUUUGUUUCUGGCCAACCGUGUCUCUCAGUUCUGUGAGGAAUCUCUGCAUCCACUGCGUUCCUGGAUCAGAACCUGUCAGCCUUUAGUGUCUGUGUGUGUGUGUGUUCAUACAUGUUUAUAUUAAAGUCUUAUGGUGACAGGGUCCAGUGUGUAUGAGUGGGAGCUGUUUAUAUUUGCUUUUGGCCAUUAGUUGCUGUUCCUACCAUAUUCCCCCCUCUUUGUUUCCACUCUGCUAGUUAUUUUUAGUUUCAGAAACGUUCAUCUUCGUUAAGAGAUUAUUGACAAACGAGGUGCACUUUUUGAAGUGUCUCAUAACUUUGAAAACAUGAAGUUAUUGACCUGAAAACACCUUCCUCUAUCCCAUCCUAUAACACAACUUGAAGGAAUGUGGUUCCAAGAGACCAAAUAAUGACUGUUUAGUUAUGUGGUGCAGCCUAUUUUUUUUCCACUUAUUCUUAUACGUAGUAAAAAUGUCUCAGAAACUGCUCCAAAUGGACAUAUUUGAGCAGAUAAAGCACAGGGUUCCUGCACAGGGAUGAAAUUUUCUUCUAAAAUCUUCAGAUAAGUAUGGAAAGACAUUUAUAUUUCCAUACUCUGUUUACCUUUAUUUGUUCUUAAUUAAAUACUGUUAUAUAUUCACAUUUAUUUUACAUCUGAUGAGCAACAACUAUCUCCACUGCAAGAAUAAUUGUUAUUCUCUACAUAUAUUCUUGUUUUAAUUUUAAAAUUAUUGUUUUAAUUUGUAGGCUCAGGCAGAAAUUUUGAACAAAUUUGGACUCAAAGUGCUGUUACCUUCCAGCAAGAAGGUCCUGAAUUCAAAUCCUGGCCAUGGCACUUUAUGCAUGGAAGCUGCAUGUUCUCUCAUGCGUGUGUGGUUUUUCUCUGGGUACUCCAGCUUCCUCCCACAGUCCAGUAACUUGACUUUUAGGUCAAUUGGUCUCUUAAGUGACCCUAAUUGUCAGUGUAUGUGUGUGUUUUCGGGGUGUACGAUAAAUCGGUAUCAAUAGAAAGCCCCAAACUCUCUUGAUAUUGGAAAAUUGGUGAUAGGCCAAUACGUCCAUGAGAAACCGAUCUAAUCCACUGAUCUUAUCUUUCUCUUCAAAGGUCUGAAAAUCAGCCGCAGUACCCUUCUGCUCUGCUGUGAGGUCACAUCUUGCAUAGUUAUUCACUCCACUGUUGCCAACUUGGCAUCUGAUAUCGGCUAAAAUUGGAAGUAGCAUGUCUGGCUUUUUAAAGAUUGUGAUCAGCCAGAAAACUGCAAUCGGUGCUGUAGACCUAGACGUACUUUCAAAAUAUUGUAUUUAAAGAUGAACAAAUUCUACUUCAACAUAUUUCCAAUGGUUUCUGAGGUCCAAGUUGUCUGAGAUGUAACAAACGCUAGAAAAAAAAUCUUCCACACAUUAUUCAAUAAAGUUCAUUGUUUUAAGUCCAACAACAAAAAAUGAGGAAUUACAAGACUGUCCCCAUUUCUGCAAUAAAAACAUAUAUCUUUAAGUGUGUUCUGGUGAAUGUUUCUCUAUACAUGUAUAACAAAAAUGGCCUCAAAGUUGAAUGUGAAGUUUGGAAAGUUGAGGUAGAAAAUGUGCUGGAACCCUGGUGCACAAAUUAAAGGCUGCAAUACCUUAAACCACAGCCAUAAAUGCUGCUUUUCUUUCUGCUUUAAUAUAUUCAGACCUAACAUCUUCAUUUGUUUCAAUAGUGGAAGAGGUUUGUGGCUCUUCACUGCUACAAGCUAUUGUCAACAUUGAAUGAACUAACAAAUUUUAGCAAAAACAAUUACUUAUUUGUCUUGUGCUGUAAGAUUUUUUUUUAUUAUUCAUUUCUUGUAUUCAGACAUAUUAUCAAGACCAGAUGGGGAAAAAUCAUGACCCCAUGCACCCAUAUUCAUCCAACCCCCUGUCCUCAUCUCUUCCCUCGCUCUACCUGCCCUCUCUCACUUGUUUGGGUUGUAAAAAGCUCCCACAUCAAUGUGACAUAUCACAUCCUGUGAUCCUCUCCUCUUCUCUCCUCUGGAUCAACAGUUGCAGCUCUGUAAUUUUCUUUUCCCUGUUCUCAGUGGCCAAAACAAAAAUGGAAGAAAUGUAAUAAUCAUUGUUUGGUAACUGUUUUUAGUGUUAUGUUUUUGGAGCAUUUUGAGUAUUUUCUAACAUGUUACAAUAAAAGAUUGUAGUGUACAAAUUCACAUUUAUAAAAUAUAUAUAUAUAGAUAUAUAUGAAAAAUGUAUGUUCUAAUGCAAUAAAGAGAGAAUAAGACUUCUGAAAAGUU